GGUCAGGCAGGUGGGAAGAUGUUUCACAACAUCAGAGAUAAGACACCAGAGGUAGAUGACCUGCAGAGACUCCUCUGGACUCAAAGGGGACCCGGGAACCACAUGGAUGAAGUCUGGCCUAACAUCUACGUGGGAGAUUUAUGGGCUGCCAGGGAUCUCAAAAUGUUGCAAAGCCAAGGAAUCACUCAUAUCCUCAACGCUGCCCACGUGGGGUCGGGUAUGUCUACAGGACCCAGUUACUAUUGUCACUUACCUGUGACCUACCAUGGGAUACAGGCUUUUGAUGACCCUGCCUUUGACCUCAGUGUCUUUUUCCAUGAGGCAGCAAACUUCAUCCAGGGAGCACUGGAGACCUCAGAAGGGAAGGUGCUUGUUCACUGUGCCAUGGGGCUUAGCCGCUCUGCUACCCUGGUACUUGCCUUCCUAAUGCUCCGGAAGCAGUUGACUCUGGUGGAAGCCCUGAGGACAGUAAGUGUCCAUCGAAACAUCUGCCCCAAUCGGGGGUUCCUCUCCCAGCUGCGUGACCUGGACCUCCAACUUAGCCAGGAACAGCAUAAAGGCAGUGGGGAGAAGCUGAUGCUGCCCACCCCUCUCCACUGA